GAGCAUACACCGAAAGCAUCUGAGAAUGCAACCGCCACCCAGAAAGGUGAAACUGGUGUUUGCUGAGCAGCUCAGCAAACUGCAGGCCAAACAACACCAGACCACCGAACUACUGGAGGAGAUCAGGUCCUUCAGUAAGCAAAGAGCAGCCAUAGAGAAGGAGUAUGGCCAGGCUCUUCAGAGGUUAGCCAUCCAAUUCCAAAAGAGAGACUGGCAAAGAGGAAAUUCAGAUGCUUUCACUUCUGGGGGUGUGUUCGGCGUCUGGCGGUCUGUGGUGGAUGCCACCGCUCAAAGUGCUGCCUCACGCCUUGAUGCCGCUGAAGAAUAUCGCAAACUGAUUGGUCAAGCCUCCAAAAGUCUUCACAAUGCAAAGGACGUCCGGACCAAGAGAGGCCUGGAACAACUCCAGAGGGUACAGGGCGAAGUGGUGGAAGCCCUGCGGGAACUACACAAGAUCAAGAAAAGAUACUACCAGCUGUGUCACAUCGCUAUGGCAGCCAGAGAGAAGGCUGCUGAAGCUCAGACCAGAGCCAGAAAGAUGGAACAUGGAAUUUUUCACUUCAAAACAGGAGCACAAAAAGUCACCGCUAAGCUCAGUGCCAGGCUGACGGAGUGUGAUGACCGUUUGACAGAAGUUCGCAAUGAGUAUUUGCUGACAUUGGCAGCUAUCAACGCCCAUCAUGAGCAUUACAACACCAAUGACUUACCGCUUAUAAUGCAGCAGAUGGAUGGUGAUAUUUACAAAGAUCUGAGACACCACUUCACCCUGCUGUGUGGGACAGAGAUGGAUAUCUGUCAGGCCUUACAUAAACAGUACGGCAGAUUAUGGGACAAUGUUGCAAAGGUGUCUGCUCUGCAGGAUAUAUCUGCAUCAGAGGGAGACGCUUGCUUGUUGAAGGAGGCCCAGAAAUGGGCGACCAGAGCUGCCAAGGACUACAAAAUAGUGGCCCACGGGGAGAGGGCUCUACAGAUGCUGGAGAGUCGACUGAAGCUCCUGUCAGGGGAGACGGGGCUCAGCGUGGAGCAAAAGAUAGCCGAAGUUCAAGAGAGUGUCAGAAAAGCCAAGGUGCUACGACUCAGCAGAGUGAAGGCUGACGCUCGCCUGGCUGUGCUGUCGGACAGCGUACCAGGAACUGAGCAGUGGCUCCACCAGGCCAUGAAGCAGGCGGAGGAGGAGCUGGAGAGAGAGAGGCACCUUAGCCAACAGAGGAAGUCCACAGAAGACUUUUCGGAGGAUGAGUUUGAGCUGACUGACUUUGACGACUAUGAUGAGAACGGAGACAUCUUCAUAGAGCCGGUGUCAGCUUCUGGGCUUUGCAUUUGCCCGGCGCCAUGCAGAGUCAUCUACAGCUAUCAGGCCAGACAGGCAGAUGAGCUGUCAAUCAUGGAGGGGGAGGAUCUGCAGGUGAUUGAUGACGGAGAGAUAGAGGACUGGCUGAAGAGGCUGCAGGCUGCUGUACUGUCCAUGAUGGUUCCUGUAAGUUUGGCCAGAGCUCUGUACGCGUACCAAGCUCAAAGUGCAGAGGAGCUGUCCUUCCCGGAGGGGGCACUAAUCCACCUGAUUCGCUGUCAACACGGGGAGGUGGAUGAUGGCUUUUGGGAGGGAGAGCUGGACGGACAGAUUGGGGUCUUUCCCUCCUUGGUGGUGGAGCUGCUCCAUAACGAAGAAGAGGUGGAGGCGGAGCAAGAACAGGUGAGAUCGGAUUGA